UUGAAGUAAACUGUCAAUUAAGAAAAGUUUCUUAUUAAACUGUAGCAAAUAGUAGAAGCCAAUAUUCCCUGAUCCGAAUAUAAUCCUAAUCCUAAUAUUCCCAAAUAAAAUGACCGAAGAACAUAUAAUCAGAAGAAAAUUGCUUCUGGAUGGCAACGGCACUGGUGACGAUAAAAAACUGCAGAAUUUCCUGAAACAAGUCACCAAUUGGAUUAACGAUAAUUCUCCAGCCGCUCAGUCCAAUCACACAUUUGAUUCUCUAAUAUCUCAGCUGAGAGCUUUUGAAUGCAAUCGCAAAAAGUCUGAUCUGAUCCUUCAAAGUAAUGCGGCUCAGAUGGCAAAAUACCGAGCUUUGCAUGGUGCAGUAGAAGACAAAGUCAGUGAAAUCAGUGCGGAUUUGAACAAGCAGGAAUCCCUGUUGAAACAGGCGAAAAUAUUCAAACAGAAUCAGAUCGAUUACGCAUUGAUUGCGCGAACUGUUAAUCAGCAACCCUGCCGCAGGCAAAUGAAAGAGAACAUCGACCUUUUAAAGGCAGAAUUUGCGGAUUUAAUUAAAGAGAAGGAGCGUUUGGACAUGCAAUGGAACUUGAGAAUAAAACAAUGCUAUGUACUUUCUACCUCAGCUAAUGAAUUGAAAGAAAUCUUGAAACCAUAUAGUGCAAACUCUGAUGACUUUGAAACCAUGGUUGCUGAAGAGGAAUCACUUUAGUUUCUUUUUUGAAAGGUAUUGUUGUUUUUUCACGUUUUGCGUCAUUAACAUACUUUUAAGGAACGUGUUUCAACGGUUGGGAUGUUAUUAAAAUACAUAUAUUCGGUUUAUAUUAAAA